AUGUUCCAGUUGCCUGAGACUCUGCCCGACGAGGUCCUCACUGCUAUCCACGCAGCUCCUAAGCCCAACUACCCUAUCAUCACCCAAGAUGACUUGGUUAAGUUCGACGGUUUCUUGUUUGGCUUGCCAACUCGUUACGGUACUUUCCCCUCUCAAUUCAGUUCGUUCUGGGAUGCUACUGGCGGUCUGUGGGCCACUGGUGCCUUAUAUGGCAAGUACUACGGUCAAUUCGUUUCCACUGGUACCCCCGGUGGUGGUCAAGAGGUGACUAUUAGAAAUUCCAUGUCAUCGUUUGCUCACCACGGUUUGCUUUACGUUCCUCUUGGAUACAAGAACUCGUUUGCUCAACUCAGCAGUUUAGAUAGUGUUCACGGAGGCAGUCCAUGGGGUGCUGGUGCUUAUGCUGGUGCCGACGGUUCUCGUCAACCAUCUGCCUCUGAGAAGGAGGUUGCUGAGAUCCAAGGAAAGUCGUUUGGUGAGAUUCUUGUCAGAGCUCACGGUGGUGCUGCUGCUCAUGCCUCUACUUCCGAAUCCACUGGUGCCACUACUGGUACUGCUGCUGCUGCUGGUGGAGCUGCUGGUGCCGCUGCUACUUCUUCUUCUGGAGCCCCUGCUUCUGGCAACGCUGCUACUGGUGCCGUUAACAAGGCCACUAAUACUGCCACUGGUGCUGCCAACACUGCUACCGGAGCUGCUUCUGGCGCUGCCCACACCGCCUCUGGUGCUGCCACUGGAGCUGUCAACACCGCUGCCGGAGCUGCCUCUGGCGCUGCUGGUGCCGUAACCGGUGCUGCUGGCCGUUCUUCCCAACCCACCGAAAAUGAAAAGCCAAAAUCCGGCAGCAAGUGCUGCAUCGUAAUGUGA